GCCUGGCUGCGGCCGCGGGAGCACAGACUCGCGGCGCGGGGCUGGUCGCGCACUCCGCACCUUCAGGCUCCGCGUGCGGCUUGCUCGGGACCCAUGUGCUCGGGACGGAGCUGUAAGGAGCAGAAAACCCGUUCCGGGUGAACCCGGGCCGUCCCGGAAAUGCGAUGGCCGUGGAGCGGGCACCGGAGUCCGGACUGAGGUUGAGUUUCAAAUCAGCUUAGAUAUAAAGUGUUCUGGAUGUCGACAGUGAAAAUGGCAUACUCCAGGUCAACAUUCUGUCAGCCAAAGGCAUGACAGUUCGGGAACACGUGGACUUGUUGCGUAUAGAAAUGUGCGCACAGAAAAAGAAACUCUCUGGUUCUCUAGAUGAAGGAAGGUGUCCAAAAUGGGCACAUUCUGCUCAGUAAUCAAGUUUGAAAAUCUUCAGGAAUUAAAGAGACUGUGUCACUGGGGUCCCAUAAUAGCCCUUGGUGUUAUAGCGAUAUGUUCUACAAUGGCCAUGAUCGACUCUGUGUUGUGGUAUUGGCCCUUACAUACAACAGGAGGCAGUGUGAACUUCAUCAUGUUGAUAAAUUGGACUGUCAUGAUUGUCUACAAUUAUUUCAAUGCCAUGUUUACUGGCCCUGGCUUUGUCCCUCGGGGAUGGAAACCGGAAAAUCCUCAGGAUAGCAUGUAUCUCCAGUAUUGUAAAGUCUGCCAAGCAUACAAGGCACCACGUUCACACCAUUGCAGGAAGUGUAACAGAUGCAUAAUGAAGAUGGAUCACCACUGUCCCUGGAUCAACAACUGCUGUGGUCACCAGAACCAUGCUUCGUUCACGCUGUUCCUCCUGCUAGUGCCUCUGGGCUGCAUUCAUGCUGCUUUUAUUUUUGUGAUGACUAUGUACACCCAGCUUUAUAAUCGGCUCUCCUUUGGGUGGAACACCGUCAAGAUUGACAUGAGUGCAGCCCGGAGAGAUCCUCUCCCAAUCAUUCCAUUCGGAUUGGCUGCAUUUGCUGCAACCUUGUUUGCCUUGGGAUUAGCACUGGGGACAACCAUAGCUGUUGGGAUGUUGUUUUUCAUACAGAUAAAAAUUAUUCUCAGAAACAAAACUUCCAUUGAAUCAUGGAUUGAAGAGAAGGCUAAAGAUCGAAUUCAAUAUUACCAACUAGAUGAAGUCUUCGUUUUUCCUUAUGAUUUGGGAAGUAAAUGGAAGAAUUUUAAGCAGGUAUUUACAUGGUCAGGAGUCCCUGAAGGAGAUGGACUGGAGUGGCCAACAAGAAAAGACUGCCACCCAUAUAGCCUAACAAGAGAACAGUUGAAACAAAAGGCAGACAAGAGAGUCAGAAGUGUUCGCUAUAAAGUCAUAGAAGACUAUAGUGGUGCCUGUUGUCCUCUGAAUAGAGGAAUUAAAACCUUCUUCACAAGCCCCUGCACAGAGGAGCCUCGGAUACAGCUGCAGAAAGGGGAGCUCAUUUUAGCAACAAGAGGGUUACGAUACUGGUUGUAUGGAGACAAAAUUCUCGAUGAUUCCUUCGUAGAAGCAGAGAAACAACCAGAGGAGGAGGAAGCCUGCAUCCGGGCAUCUCUGCAAAGAGGCAGCCAAGCAAGUCCCUGGUUGCAGCAGUGUGCUGUUCGUGCUGGGCCCAGCCAACGGCUCCCUUGACAUGCAUGCUAUGAGGGGAUGAGCUGGAGGGAAACUAUCCAGGCUGUGCACAUGUAAGUGGGGUCUGUGGAGAGACAGCCAGGAUCCGGCAGGCUGUGAAGACAGAAGUCUGGCACAUGAAUUUGAAGCUGUGAUUCUUUGUUGGCACCCAGAGCUACUGCAUGAGAAGCAUAGCCAUGCCACUGCCUUGUGAGCCAGUGUCUUCUGGCAGGCAUGCCGAGAAAAAGACCUCCACACUUGCCUAGAGCCUUGGCACAGAAAGCCUUGCACAUGGAAAGAACCAGUUCCAAAAACCAGAGUUGUAAUUGAUGAGGGGUGGAGGGGAGUUACCUCAGAACUGGGGAUUCCACCGGGAAGUGAGCUUCCCCACAGAAAUGGCUCUCAUCAGGAAGAAAACACUGACUGAAUUGUUUGAAAUUUUGAGACUAGAAGCCCCGCCCCUUCCUGCAUAGACUGCCACUAUAAAAGAGGAACUGUUAGCCAAGGCUGUAGUGCCUUGUUUCAGUCUAUUUACUUUUAUUAUUUUAUGUUUGGGUUUAUCUCUACUUUAUUGUUCCGUUGUGUCUGUCAGGUGUGUCUUGUCUGAAUAGGAUUUGCUGGUGCUUUCUUUCUAUGCAUCUACUCCUCAGUGUCCCUGCUGUUUCUCUAACGCUAGAGGAAGCACUUCCGUCUCACUUCCGUUUUCCUCCUUCCCUCCCUUCCUCCCCUCCAUUCCCUUCUCCUUUCCCUCCUUACUAGCACUCUUAAUCUAAAAACCAGAAGCCUCGUUUUCUCCAUGCAGAACCCCAAUGCUGCUGACUCAGGCCCCAUCAGGGACACAAUUGAAUUCAACAUGUGUCUUCCCAGUGUAGAUCCUCUCCAGCACUACCAUCUUUAUAGCUGUUACUGAAGUGAAGACCCUAACUGGGAAAACUCACAGAGGCAAAGGGAAAAUAAAGGGCACAUUAGUCCCAACAGAUGCAAAAACAAAUACAAUUUCAAAAACGUCAGACAACUGUCCCAUUAGGACACCUGCCCAAGCUUACAACUUCUCCAUACCAGAAACCAAAUCUAAGGAACUAGCUGAAAGACUGGGGAAGGAUUUCAGAGUUCUGCUUCCUUAAAGGAUCACUGACCUCGUGAAGACUCAACAGAGGAGGUGAAGGCUAUCAAGCAGCCAACUCAGAACCUACACAAGAAAGUUACUCGAUGGACAGUCGGUCAUUUGGUAGAGAAAUUUAAAAGUGCAGGAAAAAUUCAGUACUUCCAGAAUAAGAGGGUGGUUCCCUAGAAACUGUGUGGAAAAGUGUCCCUGUGAUGGCGAAUCAGAUCCAGCCCCAGAGGGUGAGAAGAAGAACAGAUAGCCACUGUUACAAUGAAAUCAUUAAAUCUUCAUUACUUGAAAAUCACACAUUACCCAAGAAUUAUGCAACAAGCCUACUCUGCUUAAGGUCUCCUUUUCCUCAAAGAUGCUCCAGUGCCAUGAUUUAAGGAGUGUGAUUACCAUGUGAAACAGAAGCCAUUCUGCAUAUGCCUUUGAAGGAAAGGCGUUCCAGCCAAGUGAGCAGAUUGCACUUUCUCUAGGGUUUCUGUGUGCAGCACACCUGACCUCACCUGCAGAUCUAGUUCCCCCUUGGCCAGGAGUAUCUGCGUGUGGUUAUUCUGUUUCUUCCUCAGUUGACAUUUCUUCAUAAUCUAGAGACUAUAAUACUUGUCAGGUUCAAUAUAAACUCAAAUUUUGUUACUUUUAAUAAUGCAGAUUUUGUCAAAUCCAAUGAAGGUCAAUGGGUGUUAUAUAAAAAUUAAAGUUUUCACUCAAAAGUA